AUGACUGUUGAUCUAGUUCCUAUCCAAGGCUCAUUAGAUUCAUUGAAAUCCCAAGUUAAAGGCUCAAAAUUGGUGAUUCCUUCAAUAUCAAUAGGUAAUGUUCCUCAACUAUCAGCUGAUUUAUUCAUACAUAAUUUACAAACCAAAUUAGUUGCUCAAUUGGAUUCAACUUAUCUUUAUCCCUUUGCAUCACCUGUUGAUUAUGUUGACAACGGUAAACAAGUGGAUCAUGAUGUUGGAGUUUCCACUGCUUUAGAAUUAUAUUAUAAUGAAGAAUUAAAUUUAUCAAUUAUACAACAAAGAUCUCCAAUAUUAUCUGAUUAUUCACAAAAUUUCUUGGAUUAUUUGGUCUCAGUUGUUACAGAGUUGGAAUUCAAUGAAGUAUUAUUAUUAGAUUCAAAUGAUCAUGCUUUGAAAACUGAUUUAAAUUAUUCAGAUCCAAUUGAAUUAUAUUCAAAUGAUUUAAAUGAAAGAUUUAAAUCUUUAAACGUUUCAAAUACUUCAAAUUUAGAUAAAGCAAAAGAAUUAUUCACACCUUUUGUCUCCAACUUAAUCCAUAACUUAAAUAACACCACCACAAUAACUGCCUUGUUAAUUUAUGUUUAUGAAGGUGAUAAUUUUUAUGAUGCUGAACUCUUCACUAAAAAAGCUCUAGAUGUAUUAAAUAUCUCAAUACCAUCCAAUUUCCAAAAACCAAAAUCUUGGGGUGGUGUAUAUGGUGAUAGACCAAUUCCUACUGGUUAUGAAGAAGGUCUUUUUGGUUGA